AUGGCCCAAGGCAUCCGAAGUAGCGGUGACCGAACCGCACUACCUGUGUGCCGUUGGGCGGGAGUUCGGCCCCGCCUCGGGCGCGGUGUGCACCCUCAGCGCUAUUCCCCAGCUCCAGCCGGACGCUGUCGCUGUGGCUGCUCGGGGAACAUAAUGGAGGCCUCUACUUCUGUCAGCACUGGCAGGAGUAAUUCACCAAGUGAAAGUGAAGAUGAGAUUGAAUUCAUUGGAGAAGAACCUUUAAGACCUGUACUGGAAUGCAUUGAUCUUGUCAGCAGUGAGGAUGAAGAACCUACCAGCAGCUCUUAUGUUCAGAGCGCUGCUCGACGUAAGGAUGCUGUCGACUACCAGAAGGAGCGAGCUGCGUCCACCUUGGAUCGCUUGGCACGCCAUGUCGAGGUAGAGAAGCAGCAAAAAGAAGAGAGAAACAAAGCGUUUAAGGAGAAAGUGGAUUCCCAAUAUGCUCACGGGCUGCAGGAGCUGGAGUUCAUGCAGGAGCGCAGUGACACAGAGGCUGCACGGUUGUGUGUGCACCAGUGGUUAAAGAUGCCAGGCCUCGAACCAGGCAUCGUUAACAGUGGGAAAAGAGGUGUUCACAGCAAGGCAAGUCGGAUGGAAGUCGAGAGCGGUCCUGUAUGCUGUCCUGUGAUGCACUGCAACAGAGAGUUCGAAAACAGACAUCUCCUCCUAGGUCACCUUCAAAGGUUUGAUCAUUCCCCUUGUGAUCCGACAGUCACCUUACGUGGACCCCCAAAUAAUUCUGUUGCCUGUGUGAUAUGCUGCCAGAGAUUCCCAACACCUCAGCAGUACAAUGAUCAUCUUUCAUCUAAGCUGAAAGAGAAUGAUGGACACGAAGAACAUCUCCCCCCACAGCUCAUUGAUUGCUUUGCAUGCCCAAGCUGCUUCCUGCUGUUCACCAGAAGAGAGGAGUGCUGGCAGCAUAUGUCAGAGAAGAGCCAUGCCCUCCAGGCUUCUCAACUGGAUGACAUGAAGGCUGACGUCCCUUUACCUUUCCCAUCAUAUGCAAAGAACCUGCUGAUCUCCCUGUGUAAGGAGGUGCCCUUCCAAGUGAAGUGUCUGUCCUGCCGCAAGGCACUGCGCUCGCAUACAGAGGUGACAGCUCAUUUCAGAACACGCUGUCGGGAUUCUGGACCUGUGGCACUGUCAAGGAAGAGCAUCACCCAAGUGGCAGAGAUAUUUAAGACAAAAGGGUGCUGUGAAAAUUGUGACAGACUGUUUGCUGACAAGAAUCAGAUCGCCCAGCAUAAGCAAACCACUCAGCAUAAAGUUAAACUUCUGGCCACAGUGGAAGAGUCCAUUUUGAUGUUCUGCCACAUCAACGGGAAGAAUAAAAAGCAGUCGUAUCUGUGCCGUGCUGCGGACCAGUCGAGGCUACUGCUUAAGAGACACCUGAGCACAGAAGAGCCCCUGGGAGAGGCGGGGGCUUCUCCUGCCAAGCGCAAGAGCCCUUUCAAGGCUGAAGAUGAAGACCAGGGCGCAAACCGAAGCCAAGGGAAUGCCUGCGAAGCGAGAGCCUGGUUCUGUGAGUGCCUUCAGAAGUUCCUCACAGAGGAGGCUGUGGAGAAGCACAUUUUGUCAGCCAAUGGCAUCUGUCACAAAUGUGCCGUGUGCGGGAAGCUUGCCGAGAGCUCCAGCAUCAUCCGCCUGCACAUGAGCCGCUUCCAUGGGGGAGCGCACCUGAAAAACUUCCUGCUCUGGUGCACAGCCUGCUCCGUGGACCUCUCCCAUGGAAAGGAGGAUGUUAUGGGGCACAUCGCUGAGUUUCAUGGUGGACAUGCUUACUAUUACGAGGGAGAAGCUGUAAAAGAUGAAACCCUGCCUGCGGCUCCCGGAGUGGCGUGCAGCUCUGCAGGUGGAAGCACAGCCUGCGCUCCCAGCCCCACAGGGCCGUCCCGGGCGGAGACCCCUGUGCUGGGUGAGUGGCAGUGCCGCAUCUGCGAGGAGCUGUUUGAGAGCGAGGAGCGCGUGCAGCAGCACUGCUUGUGCCUGGAGAGCCACACCUUCCACAGGUACUGCUGCCGCCUGUGCAGCAGCCACUUCCGCAAGCUGGGCACGCUGCAGCGCCACUGCCAGGAGCGCCACGGCCGGCUGGUGCCCGCCAGCUUCUUCUGCGGCCUCUGUGGGAGCCUCUUCUUUGACACGGAGGAAGAAUUUCUCGCCCAUUAUCAAGAGACCCACAGCAGGGACUACAUGUUUGUGCCGGAGCAGGUGGAAGCGUCAAUAAAGGAAGAGUGCUUGGUCCUGCUGGAGAAAGGUCCCCUUCUCACCUGUGGCUGCCAGACAGCUUACGUCUCCAGAAUGAGCAGGAGGAAUGAUUCCGCGAGGUGCCAGCAAGCCAUGCUGCGGAGAGGAAACUUCUUGUUCCUCUGCCGCUGCUGCCCUGCAACCACGCAGAGCCUGGCUGGCAUAACCAGGCACCUCGAGAAGCACCUGCCACGGCAGUCUAAGGCAGGCAUGUAUUUUGUCAGAUGCGGUGCCUGUGGCAGGGACUUCAACGAUAUUCACAGCGCCCAUCAGCACUACCACAUGAAACACUGCUUCCUGCAGAACCCUGACCUCUCCGGCCUGGCGUCGGACUUGGGAAGUGCAGUCUUCAGGUUCACGGCAACUGGGGCUUGUGUGCACAGAAAGCCCCGCAAAAAAACACUUCGUCCGUCUCCACCCAAGCCUCAGGAACAACCGCAGUCGUCUCCCGUGCAGGGACAGAAGAAAGGGAACUCUGCACCGUCUGAUGAAGGUGGUGAACUUCCUGAUCUUGACUUCCUGAGUACCAUGACUCACAUUGUGUUGGUGGAUCUGGACAACUGGGCAAGCUUAUUCACACAGCUGCCAGCUAACCUGAAUCAAGGGACGUUCAUCUGGGGCUUUCAAGGAGGAUACAGCACCUGGAAACCUCCGGUGCAGUGCAAAAUUUACAAUUACCUUAAGAGGAUUGGAUGCUUCUUUCUUCAUCCCCGUUGUGGUACCAGAAGAGAAGCGGCAGACUUUGCUCUCUGUGUCCAUGCUGGGCGUCUGGAUGAGCACCUUCCCAAGCAAAUCCCUUUCACUAUACUGUCUGGAGACAAAAGCUUCCUGGAAUUGGAAAAUCAGUUUAAGAUGACCCAGCGGACAGCUCGCAUCCUCAACCCUCACCACAUGGAAGGGGACAUGAUGUGUGCCUUGCUAAACAGCAUUUCAGACACCACCAAAGGUUCAGAUAGUGAAGAGGAUGAAGAUAUUGAACUGACCAAGAAGAGAAGCUUAGAAGACGCAAAGAAAUUGCAAGAUGAGCAAGAUGCAGAGCUGGAAGAAGCUCUCAAGAGAAGUCUUGAGGAGAUGUGAAUGAAGAUCCUUCAGUAC